CUUAAUUAUUUUCCUUAUCAAGUAUGAAAACCAGCGCUAUUUUCAGUCCUAUCCAACUUGGUGAUAAUCUACUCCGGCACCGUGUUGUCAUGGCUCCUUUGACUCGAUUCCGAGCCUCUGCAGAUGCAGUACCUAGUGACCUUCAGGUGGAAUAUUACCAGCAGCGAUGCAGUAAAGGAGGUCUGAUAAUUGCCGAAGCUACUUUUAUCGAUCGGUUGGCUGGUGGGCUUCCGCAUGUUCCUGGGAUAUAUAACCAAGCUCAAAUCGAAGGAUGGCAAAAGGUGACGACUGCUGUUCAUGCAAAGGAAGGGAUUAUUUUUCUUCAGUUGUGGCAUCUGGGACGAACAGGAAGCAAGGAGCUGAAUCCGGAUGGAGAACAAACUGUGUCUGCUUCUAGUAUUGCGUCUGAUGGUAAAACAUUUCUUGGUGCAGGGUUUGAAACUCCCCGGGCUCUAGAGACUGAAGAAAUUGGUGCUAUUGUGGAGCAGUAUCGUUCGGCAGCAAUCAAUGCGAUAGAAGCUGGGUUUGAUGGUGUUGAGAUUCAUGGUGGAAGUGGCUAUUUGCUUGACCAAUUCAUCAAUAGCAAUAGUAAUGUACGCACGGAUAUCUAUGGUGGGUCGAUCGAAAAUCGAUGCCGAAUUGUUUUUGAUGUUUUGGAUGCUAUUGUAGGCGCUAUUGGUGCUGAACGUGUUGCUAUCCGAUUCUCUCCUGGUGGUGAUUUUCAAGACAUGCAUGAUGCCACUCCUGUUGAAACCUGGAGCUAUCUUACAAGCGAGAUACAAAAAAGAUAUCCCAAGCUUGGCUACCUUCAUUUCAUUGAAGUAUGCGCCAAUUUCUUUAUCGAUACGAACGUACCGGCGGCUGACUCGAUUGAGCCCUACCGAAAGAUCUGGAAGGGACCUCUUAUUAUGGCGAGUGGAUUCUCAACAACGCAUCAACAUGCUAUUGAGCUUGCUGAGAGAACUGGUAAUUUAAUCGCUUUUGGUCGAGCAUUUAUUGCGAAUCCUGAUCUUCCUGAACGUCUUUCCAAUGGUUGGGAACUUAAAAAACAUGAUAGAGACACUUUUUAUAGCCGUGGUUCGAAAGGAUAUACUGAUUAUUCUUGUUACAAAGAUGCAAACUAAGCAUUUGUGUAUUGUAUAAAGCAGCUAUCGGAAUUUUAUAGGCCAAACCCA